AUGAGAUUUGCGUUUCGAAUCUUUGAAACCUGGUCAUUCCGGUCACAAGCUAUAUCCAUUGAUUUUUCUGCAUUACCACUGGUAACUCACAGAAAGUCUCAAGAGCUACGAGUCAAACAAGCACUGAACCGACGAAAAAGGUCAAAGUACUAUGAACUCGUUGAGUCUUCUUUUGAUGCGGUAUCUCAACGAAGUCCGUUAAAUUCGGAUCUGAUAAUUAAUGAUUUCGUUCAUUUUACAAAGGCUAUCAAUGGUACUUCACUCAGUGAAAUUUCAUUUUACGAUGUUAAGGUAGCUUUAAUGCAACAAGAAUUUCAAGGCAUGGAUAAACCAACUGAUAAUGCUACAUGCUUCACUUAUUUUGCACCUCAUCCGGAAGAAAUGAGUGAUGAAACCGUGAAAGCCGUGGCGUCUGCUUCAUCCGGUAUUUUUGGCAACUUUUUGAAUCGAAUUUUCAAGUCAUUCAAAGACAUUAGCGUAACAGGAAAUGCCGCAGAUAUAACCGCUACAUCGAUAUCACAAUCCGAAAGCUGCAACCAGUCCAAACAUGAAGAAGUAGGAGGGACACCAAAUGUUUCUGCAGAAUGUUUAGAAAAUGAAGCUGAAAGGGCUGGUAUAAAUUCAAAGGAAAACAAUGAAAACAGUAGUGAUACUGUGGAAGAAAGAAAAAGACCAUAUGUUCGUUUUGCUUCCGUCUUCAAAGGGCGAAAUCCUGAUCUUCUGGAUUAUGAAAGGAGUGAUUUUCGACGUUACUGGAUGCCAGAUUCAAGUGGGCGAGAAUGUUACGAAUGUCAGGAACGUUUUACUGCUUUCAGAAGGCGGCAUCAUUGUCGUUUAUGUGGGCAAAUAUUUUGUUCGAAAUGUUGUGGUGUCCAGGUCUCUGGAUCAUUAUUGGGUUAUACGGGCGAGUUAAGACUAUGUACUUACUGCGCACAUAUUGUAGUUUCUAAUUUACCACAGACAGAAUCAAAACUAGAGGACAGACCCAGUUCACCAGCUUCUGACCAAAAAUCGGUAAAUGAAGCAGACAUCUCAGUCUCCACGAUUUUUACAGGGCCAGUAUCCUGGUCACUAAAUUCACCUGUUAUUGCGGAUGAAGAUAGUGAAAAUGGAACAUCACUUCACUGCACAGUUCCAAGAAAAUCUCCGAUGAAACUUGAUUCUCCUACUCAACUUUCUGUAACGGAAUUAGCUAUGUAUAACUCAGAUAUUCAGUGUUCGGGUACUCAAGAUGUUGGCGAUGAUGUUGAACCCGAAUGGGUAAAAAAUAUUGAAAUGACUGAUAAUGUGAAGCCGGUGGAUUCAUCAAAUUUGAAAUCAGAACCCAUGGAUUAUUCACACUUAGCAUCACAAAAGGAUGAUAUUAAUACCGAGAAUAGGUUGAACUUUCACGGUGCCGAACUGGAUAAUGAACAGACCGUUCCAAAAACUUCACUAUCAAAAGCUGGAAAUGAAGACCCUCGUUUUAGUGAAACAAUUGAAAGAUGUUUUGAAAUUCAAUCCGAAAAACUUAUUUUACAUCUUUUCAAUCGCGAGGGAUUGGAUCCGAGAGAGUGGUGGGAGAUCAUAUGGUCCGUGAGUCAUGUUGUAUCAUCAAUGGUUAAAGUUGAUAUGGAAGGACGAAAAAAUGUUAAUGUUAUGAAACAUGCUCACAUAAAAAGCCUUCAUGUUGCAGUUGAAAAGCCUUCUGCAAAGGUAAUAGAGGGGACAGUGUGCAGCAAAAGCAUCCGCCAUGAAUCAAUGCCAAAUGAGAUUCGUAAUGCAUCAGUUUUGACCUUGGAAGGGAGCAUCGAAUAUGAACGAGUUAACGACAAGCUUUCUUCAAUUGAACCAAUAAUUUCACAGGAGAGCGAAUAUUUACGAAAUCAGGUGGAGCGAAUGCUUUCACAUCGACCAUCAGUAGUACUGGUUGAGCGCAAUGUAGCUAGUUUAGCUGUACAGAUGUUAUUGCAUGCUGGAGUCACACUAGUUUCUAACAUUAAACCACGUGUUUUGCAAAGAAUUGCAAGAAGUACUGGAGCCGAUGUGAUGCCUUCACUUGAUGCACAAAUUCUGAACCAAAAGAUUGGAUUUUGUCCACUUUUUCGACAAGAGAAAAUUCAGUUAGCGAGCGGAAAAUACAAAUGUUUAUUGAUGUUUGAGGAAUGCCCACCAGAAUUGGGCUGCUCUGUGUUGUUGCGGGGUAACUCAAAAAGAGAUUUGAGAACAGCUAAGAGGAUAUUACAUUAUGCAAUUCUGAUGUUGUAUUCCAAUCAUCUUGAAGUAAAACUAUUGUCCAGCUGUGGUACAACUCUGACAAAUCGGUCUGUCGACUGUGAUAUUUGCUCCGUUAAUUCUGCUGAACUGGAUAUAAACAAGGACAGUUUCUGUAACCGUUUGAAGAAAUCCACUCUUUCACCUUCUCCACUGAUCGAUUUUGGAAUUCCAUUCCUGGAAACAUCAAAAGGUCGGCGUUGCUCGCUAAGAAAGUUUUUCAGUCGUUUCAUCAAAAGCUUAUCAAUUGAAAAUAAUGGCAACAGGAAAUAUUCAGACUGUGAAACAGAAGAAAAUUAUCCUUUGAAAAGAUUUGUCCAUCCUUUUGUGAAAAAUAUCACUUUAACCGAAGUGGAUGAAGAUACUAUUGCCUCCUUUCGAGCUUUUUCGGGCUGUAUGCUUCGAUGUAGCAUUAAUAAGCAAAAUCGGAUUCGCUUACGAAAAGAAACAAUUCCUAGUAGAGAAGUUGAAGAUGUGCUGGAUCCGUUUGCUCAUCAACAAAUAUCAGUUCUUUUCGGAUCAUUCUGUGCAAAAUCGCCGAAUGCACCACUAUUUUGCAUUCGGCCUUGGGUUGUAAAUAUGGACUAUUAUGGUGCUAAUGAUAUGUCGUUGGGUGAUUUCUUGAGAAAGUAUUGCUUUAACAAAGCAUACCAAUGUCCAUCUACAAAUUGUGAUUUGCCAAUGAUGGAACAUUCUCGAAGACUGGUUCAUAGGAAUGUUUGUGUAGAAAUAACAACACAGAAUUAUAUGCACUUAAGUAGUGAAUCCAGCAACGCAGCACCGGAUGAGCAAAACGACACUUUACUUGCAUGGCAUUACUGCCCAAAGUGUAAAUCAUCAUCCUCCGUAGUACCGCUAUCAGAAAGUAUAUGUCGGUUGAGUUUUGCUCGUUAUCUGAAUUAUUUAGCAAAUGGUGCUUACGCAACAUGCAAAAUCAAUUCACUUUUACAAUCGUUCUCCACUGCAUAUACAGCACCAAGGUUCUUCAGUGUAAGCGUUGCUGAAGAAGAAUUGGAAGAGACUGUUAAAGAAGAUCCAUUGGUUUGUGCUGUUGAACCAAUAAUAUUUACUCGGAAAUUUGUCGUCGAAUCGAAAAAUGAAAUACAAGAAACAGCAGCAGUCAUCUUCAAAAUUAUGUCAGAACAAAUCGAACAAUUGUCAAAAUAUAUUGAAAAUAGCGUGUAUUCAGCAUGUCAUUCACAGGCAGUAAAAAUUUUAAGAGACGCUCACUCUACCUUCAGCUCAACAGUAAAGUGUUUUGACCCAAGUGGUGCGCUUGCUAGUGAACCAAUAAUCAUUCGGUCAAAUGAUGCUGUUUAUACUCAGGCCAUUGAUACGAUUUGUCGUUGUCGAUACAUUGUCCAACAUACAAUAAAUUUAUGGAAUGAACAGCGUCAGUAUCUUUCUCAACAGAUCCGAACUAUUAAAAAGUGCAAUAGCAGUGGUAUUCUGACGGAAGCAAACAAAGUAAAUAAUGAGCAAACACUCUCAGCGAGUCAUACACAGGUUAAUAGUUUAGAUUUUGAACUCAUGCCGUUGGAUAGCCCAUUCUCUGCCGAGUGUCACUUCAGUUUGCCUCUACCAUCAGCCGGUUUGGCAGCAGUAGUCGUGCGCGAUGUGAUUGAUCACAAGGGUGCAACUCAUCCGGAUAUUGGUUCCAUUAUAGCUUAUGCUUUAUCAUCAGUUGAAUAUAAUACAAAGCGAAGGAAACAACGUGAUUCUGCUUGUAAUGUUUUUGUUGAAGUGGAAUCAGAUUCAGUGGCAAAUUACGAACACAUUAAAGUUGAUUUUGCUGAUGAUAAGGCACAAUAUUACAUAAAGAUUUAUUACGCUGAAAGAUUCCAUAUGUUGCGGAAGUUGUUAUUUGUCGAAGGUGAAGACUGCUUUGUUAGGUCGCUAAGCUCAUCCCAUAGUUGGAGUCCUCAGGGUGGCAAAUCUGGAGCUUCAUUUUAUCGCACACAGGCUGGUUUCUUUGAUGAUCGGUUUGUAUUCAAGCAGAUGUCUCGGUUCGAAAUUCAGUCGUUUGUGAAAUUCGGUCCUAAUUAUUUUAGCUAUGUUUCUACCGCUAUGACUGAUAAUAAAUUGACAACACUUUGCAAGGUUUAUGGGGUAUACAGGAUUUGUUACAAGAACAAGAGUAAUGGUCAACAGUUGAAAGUUGAUGUUUUGGUUAUGGAAUAUCUAUUUUAUCGCCGAAAUGUGAAACAAGUGUGGGAUUUGAAAGGCUCACAAAGGAAUAGGAUGGCAUCGGAAGGAAAAAGAACGGCAGAUCUAGUGUUAUUGGAUGAAAAUUUAGUAAAAGAUCUAUGGAAUAAUCAACUUUAUGUACAUCCUCAUUCUAAGGCAGCAUUAAGUAUGGCUAUCAGUAAUGACAGCCAUUUCCUUUCUGCCCAGCAUGUAAUGGAUUACAGUUUGCUUGUUGGCGUAGAUGAAACGAACAGCGAGUUAAUUCUUGGUAUUGUGGAUUAUAUGCGUACAUAUACACUUGACAAAAAAUUGGAGAGUUGGGUGAAAAUCGUGGCAAUACCUGGGGCACACUUGCCUACUGUCAUUUCUCCAGAAAUGUAUUGUACGCGAUUUUUCGAUGCCAUUGAUACAUACUUUCCGGUUGCACCGGAUCAAUGGACUGGACUUGGUGUUCCACAUGGGUCGUCAUUGCUUGUAGGUUUUUGUAAGAUAAUUUGUGAUAUUCAACGUAUUAUAGGGCAGUUGACGGUUUACCGUUUCAGUUAUCAGACAGUCACAAUAAUGGAUCGUUACCGACGAAGAAGAAAAGAAGACGAAGAAGCGGAAUUAUCAAAAGCUUAUGAACAGUUUCGUGAAGCAUUCGAAGAUGGUGCAUCGAUCGCCAGUAAAUCAUUUGUACGCGGUGCUGUAGUUAAUGCGAAUAAAGUUAUGGAAGACAUGAGUUCGAAACCUUCUAUCUACAAUCCAAAAAUCGAACUUACGAAAAAAGCUUCGGUUGUACCAAAUUCAUUUGAACAAGCAAAAAAGAUCGCGGAAGAAAAAGCAAAACGUAUGAUGGAGGAAGCUCGAAAAGCAAAUUUAACAACAUCUAGACCGCCUCGACCCGGAAAGGCACAGCAAAAAAGCCGAACAAGUAAUUUGGAAGCCUUCAAAGAGGAAUUGAAAAGCAUGCAAGAAGAGCGGGAGCAGCGGAGGCAUUUACGAUCUCAAAUGGAACAGAUGGGCAUGGAAAAAGAAGCACUGGAUCGUAUCGCACCACUUAUUGAUAAUCCAUAUUUGCAUGGAACUGGAGAGUAUGAUAAUGACCCGAAUACAACUAACAUUUAUCUUUCUAAUUUGUCGCUUGAGAUAAAAAUUGAGGAUUUAUAUAAUACUUUUGGCACUUUUGGACCGUUGGCAUCCGCCAAAAUUUUAUAUCCUCGUGAAGAAGAUCGCAAACGGGAGCACUUAUGCGGUUUCAUAGCAUUCAUGAUUCGUAAAGAUACUGAUCGAGCCAUUCAAGGAAUGCAGGGUAAAUAUAUCAGGGGAUCCGAAGUGCGCAUGUCUCUUGCAAAACCAGUCAGCAUACCACCUCAGCCGAUUUAUGUGCCGCCUGCUUUAUUGGAAUUUGCCAUGCCGGAUCCUCCUACUGGCUUACCAUUUAAUGCGAAACCACGGAAGUGUGACCUGGAUGCACUGCUAAAGAAAUGUCCAUUGCCGCGUCUUGGUAGUUCCCUUCCUGAACCCGGUCACGGUUUUGAGGAGUAUCAAAAGAUGCUCAGGAACGCCGUCGUGCGGGUAGUGGUCCCUACAGAAAGGUACUACUUGAUUCUAUUAUCAUUGUUCUUGCAUUCUUCUAUUCAAGCUCUUUGAAGUCUGUUGGUAUUAAUUCAUCGGACUAUCGAGUUUUUGGUGCGUGAAGGACCGCUAUUCGAAGCAAUGUUAAUGGGUCGAGAACGGCAUAAUCCUGUAUAUCGGUUUCUUUUCGAUAAUCACCAUCCAGCACACGUUUAUUAUCGAUGGAAACUAUAUUCCAUACUACAAGGUGAAACACCACAAACUUGGCGCUUGCAGAAGUUUCGAAUGUUCGAUGAGGGUAGCUGGUGGCAGCCACCACCUCACAAUAUUCUCACUGGUGGAAUGCCCGAAUGCUUAUAUCAUACUGCUUUUGAUGGUGGUUUGCCAGCUGAAAGGCCUGUAGUUAAAUCGCGAAAAAGGAAAUACAGCAGCAGCGAGGAUGAAGAAGAAGAUAGAAAAGAAAUUAAAACAAAAUGGCGAGGAGUACUGAGCACUGCUGAACGAGACGAGCUUGAGGAUAUACUCCGUGGACUUCUUCCUGAAAAAUCUUCCGUAGCAGAUGCAAUGGUUUGGUGUGUUGAACAUGCUACAUGUGCCAAAGAGAUCUCUCAGUGCUUGCACGAAUCAUUGACUAUUGAUGAAACACCACUUCACAAGAAGAUCGCUAGAUUGUAUUUAGUUUCGGAUAUAUUGGCAAACUGUGCUGCCCGAGUUCGAGAUGUGUUUUACUACAGGCAAUAUAUUGGCGACUUGAUGCCCGAGAUUUUCAGGGAACUCAAUAAAACUUACGAAAAAAUUUCGGCGCGCUUAAAAGCUGAACAAUUCAAGCAACGAGUGAUGUUAUGCUUUCGCACUUGGGAAGAUAAUUCAAUUUAUCCAACUGAUUUCCUCAUUCAAUUACAGAAUGUCUUCUUGGGCCUUGCGAAAGAAGAUGAAGCAUCAGAGGAUGAUAUCGAUGGUGCUCCGAUUGAGGAAGGCGCAGAAGAAAUGGUUGGAAAGAAGGAAUCAGUUUUUGAAGAGGAAGAUAUCGAUGGCAUACCUAUUGAGGAAGAUACCUUAGAGACACAGCCAAAGAAAGCAGCGACAUUUAAACGAAGCCAGUGGGAUGUUGUAGAUCCAUCAAUUGUUGCGAGUCAAGCUGUAACUACUAGCAAAUGGGAUUUAUUGGAAAAUGGUAAGGAUGAUGAAACAACAGCGGGAAAAGUUGAUCAAGAAGAUGACAUUGAUGGUGCUCCAAUCGAUGAUGAUAAAAAUGGAAGCGAAGAUGGAGAAUGUCCAGAUGAAGAUGAUGAUGACAAAACGAUUUCAAAUUUGCAACAGUCUUUGAAUUUAUCUGCCGCACGCCUCGAUGAGGAAAGACGAAAGAUUCUACGUGAAAUUGAGGUAAAAGUUGUCAAAUAUCAGGAUGAAUUGGAAUCUCAACGAUGUGAGGAUAUUCAUGCCCAGGUAGAAAAAUAUCGUGCUUCUCUAUUAAAACAAAUGGAAGAAAAGCUGGAUGCACUAAACGAACAAAAGGACAAAAAGAAGAAAAAAGGAGCAAAAAGAUCAAGAAGCAGAAAACGGGAAGAUAAAAAAGAUGAUAAGAGUUUCCGAGAAAGAGAGCGUGAACGAAGCAAAGGUGAAAUCGAAAGAAAUGAACGAACACGGGACAGAGAUAGGGAAAGAGGUCGUGAAAGGGGACGUGAGCGCGACAGAUCAAGAUCACGCUCAAAGUACAGUGAAAUAGGAUGUGAAGAAUGGGUUUUGGAGGAGUAUGUGUAA